GUUAACAGUGGGUGCAUCACUGUGACGUUUGGGGAACUUAGUCGAGGUCAGAUGUGGCGAUUCUUAUUCUCACUCACAGGGCACUCAGUCUACACACGGCUUGAGGAGCAGCUUCACUUUAAUUGCUUCACUGAGCUUAAAGUCUUGAGACAUGUGGACUCUUGUUGCUUUGCUGCUGGUGCUGCCUCUGUCACUGGGACAUAAGGUGGAAUCUGGAUGUGAGGACUGGAGUCCUAAGGACGGGCCUGGUAACAAUGUAUGCUGCAACAGAUGUAAACCAGGAAACCGGUUGGUGAAUAGCUGUGGUGAGAAGCCUGAGACUCUGUGUCAAGUGUGUGAAAACGGGACAUACGUCACUGACGGCAAGCAAAAACUGUGCCAAAAAUGUCAACAGUGCAAAGUGGGCCCAAUGAGAGUGAAGCACCCCUGCACAGCCAGUUCAGAUACGGUGUGUGAGUGUGAGGAGGGAUUCCUCUGUGGAGACGAUCAGUGCUCCUUCUGCAUCAAAAAGUGUGGCAAAGGAGAGCAGCCUGCGAACAGAGACUGUCAGGCAUGCCCCGAAGGAACAUUCAACGACAAGAUUCAUCACUCGUGUGUGAACUGGAGCAGCAGAUGCCCAUUGCCAGACCAGAAGAUCAUAGCCAAAGGCACGGCUUUCAGUGACAUCAUCUGUGGCCCAGAGGAUGACCAUAAACCCACUAUGCCAUUUCCAGAUGGUGAACCCACGAAGAGCCCACCAGAAAGCAAGGAUGACUCUCCGUGGACGAUGCUGGCCAUAGCCAUCGCUUGUGCCUUUCUGAUUAUGGGUACAGCAGUGCCACUGUGCAUAGCUGUUAUCUGCAAAAGUGGAGAGAUGCUGAAAACAGCUCCUGGGUCUGAGGAAGCUCCAGAGGGUCGGAAGCUGACCCCUGAGCUGGAGCAGUGCAGCUUCUGUUUUCCGCAGGAGGAGCACGGCAGCAGCAGUGAAGUGUCGCUGGUGUCUGAUGAUAAACCCUUUGAGCUGGUCGUAUAGUACUGUGCGCUUUUGAGGAACAGGCUUUCUGUAACACAUCUGUUUGUGUUGUGUUUGGCACAUAAAGUAACAUUUGAAUGCUAGUUUACUCCAUGAUGUAUUGUUCCUCUAGGAUAGUGUCCCAAUGCUGGUACUGAAGCCCCUCUGCACUGCACAUUAUAGUGUCUCCCUGCCAGAGUUGGCCUGUGGGUCCUCAAAGUAGAAUCUACCAACAUGAUUUUAGCCCAACCCAGCAAAAUCCUUCUCAACAAAUUCUGUCUUAUUGCUCAAACAGAGUGCAUUAAUGUUAUAAUAUGCAUUAUAUAUAAGGAAUACUGCAGCACAAUUUAGAAAAAAGGGGCAGAUAAACUUGCUAACUGAAUCAACGCUGAGUUAGCAACUAGCUAGACUAGAUUAGCAACCUGCUAUCUACCUAGAGAAGUUAAAACAACAUUGCAUCUUAACCAAAAAUUCCAAGCCCUGUAGCAACAAUAAGGUUGCAAAAACCUAUCAUUGUGUUGUAUAUAAAUAAACGAUCGAGUGCGUUUACAUGCACUCAAUAAUCCGAUCAUAAUCGGAUUUCUGCAGUU